GAAGGACACGAACACGUCAUCAGUUUCACCGGUGUGUUUGGUUUGAAGAAAGUUGAAAUCUCCGCCUGGUUUCGAUGAAUUCGAGGACACCCUGAAGAUUUUCCCAAUUUUCACACAUUUUCUUACUUUAAUUUCCCCAUAUAUCCUAUUCAUUCAAUCUUCUUCUCCAAAACUCUCUCUCUCUCUCUCUCUCUCUCUCUCUCUCUCUCUCUCUCUGUGAAGCAAAAGCAAAAAUGGCUCAGCUUCUGAAUGCUUCCUUUAUCCCCACCACCUCGUCCCAUACCCUUAGACGGACCCCGAAUUUCCCACCGGGUAUCUGCAUUUCGGGUCGCAGGAGCAGGACCCAAGUGCAGGCCAAGAUCCGGGAGAUCUUCAUGCCGGCCCUCAGCUCCACUAUGACCGAGGGAAAGAUCGUGUCUUGGGUCAAGUCUGAAGGUGAUCAGCUCUCCAAGGGCGAGAGCGUCGUCGUCGUCGAGUCCGAUAAGGCCGACAUGGAUGUCGAAACUUUCUACGAUGGGUAUCUGGCCGCGAUUAUGGUCGAGGAAGGUGGUGUCGCCGCCGUCGGUUCUGCCAUUGCUCUCUUGGCCGAAACCGAGUCCGAGAUCGAUGAGGCCAGGGCCAAAGCCAAUUCUUCUUCUCAAUCUUUAUCCUCAUCCUCAUCAUCAACACCGCCACCAGCUCCGCAACCACAGACGGGGAAGAUUGCGGAAAAUGUGGGUCCCGCACCUGUUUCUCCGCCGGUGAAGACGGUGGCAGCGGCGUCUUCGGCGCACCCGGCGUCGGAAGGAGGGAAGAGGAUUGUGGCGUCGCCGUAUGCGAAGAAGCUGGCAAAGGAGCUGAAAGUGGACUUGGGGAGAGUGGUGGGAAGUGGGCCGUUGGGGAGGAUUGUUGCAAAGGAUGUUGAAGCUGCAGCUUCAAGUGCUGCUGAGGCAGCUGCCACGGCGGCAACAGCCGGUGCCGCAACCAGCGCGGCUGUGCCGGGAAUUGAGUUGGGGACUGUGGUUCCGUUCACUACAAUGCAGAGUGCGGUGAGCAGAAACAUGGUGGAAAGUCUAUCAGUGCCAACCUUUAGAGUUGGAUACACUAUCACCACCGAUGCACUUGAUGCUCUUUACAAGAAGGUCAAGUCAAAAGGAGUUACCAUGACGGCAUUGCUUGCAAAGGCGACAGCACUUGCACUGGUCAAACAUCCUGUGGUGAACUCUAGUUGUAGAGAUGGUCAAAGCUUUGUCUAUAAUAGCAGCAUCAACAUUGCAGUUGCUGUAGCUAUAGAUGGUGGGUUGAUUACACCAGUGCUUCAGGAUGCUGACAAGGUUGACAUCUAUUCAUUGUCAAGAAAGUGGAAAGAACUAGUUGAUAAGGCCCGGGCCAAGCAGCUGCAACCUCAUGAAUACAAUACAGGCACUUUCACUCUCUCUAAUCUUGGGAUGUUUGGAGUUGAUCGGUUUGAUGCCAUUCUGCCACCUGGAACUGGAGCAAUUAUGGCUGUUGGAGCAUCUCAGCCUACCGCUGUUGGUACCAAGGAUGGUCGGAUCGGUAUGAAGAACCAAAUGCAGGUAAACGUCACGGCAGAUCACCGUGUAAUCUAUGGUGCUGAUCUUGCUUCCUUCUUGAAGACACUGGCGAGCAUCAUCGAAGAUCCCAAAGAUCUUACCUUCUAGUCUCAUUCUGACAUCCUUAUUACCAAAUUGAGUGUCUUCAUUUGCCAAGAUUUUUUCCCCCCCUACCUAGCAUGCUACAGUUGGUCUGAUUCUUAGUCAUCAAUCUAUUUUGGGAAGCUUGUUGGAAGGAAUUCAAGAGCUAAUUAUUCUCUGAUAAAAGUUUAGGAAUGGAAUUUUGAAGAGCUAUAAGUUUAUUGAUUUCUAUUUUCGGUCAAUUUUCCAAGGAAUCGAAUGUAUUAGAUUAUUGAGAGCGGUCAUAAAUUCGGCUGGUUUACUGGCUUAUUAUUGUUGUUAUAUUGAUUAGAGUUUUUGGUUUUUUGGUUCCCCAUUAGUUGUCUGGUUGCUAAGGUUGUGGUUAAUUGUAAGUAAUUUUCAGUGUUAAAAGAGCUUUGUUGAAUUGAAAGUCUGGCAUAUAUGAUGAUGGAAACUGUUCUAUAAA